AUGCCCACAGCAAGUUCUGUCAGCUCUCUUCACGUGCAAAUGACUCAUGGAAUAAGCCCCACAACUUCUACUACUAUUGCUGGUACAACUAUUACUAGCAGCAGCAAGGUUUUGGCCCCUGCUGCUCCUUCUCUGGGAAUGAGGCGGUCUGAGGUGGGCGGGCAGCUGCAAGACAGCUUUGAGGCGCUGCUGCGAGAUCAAAGCUGUGGUAUCAUUGGUGGGGGCGGCGGCUGCAGCAAGGUUUUGGCCCCUGCUGCUCCUUCUCUGGGAAUGAGGCGGUCUGAGGUGGGCGGGCAGCUGCAAGACAGCUUUGAGGCGCUGCUGCGAGAUCAAAGCUGUGGUAUCAUUGGUGGGGGCGGCGGCAGCAGCAAGGUUUUGGCCCCUGCUGCUCCUUCUCUGGGAAUGAGGCGGUCUGAGGUGGGCGGGCAGCUGCAAGACAGCUUUGAGGCGCUGCUGCGAGAUCAAAGCUGUGGUAUCAUUGGUGGGGGCGGCGGCAGCAGCAAGGUUUUGGCCCCUGCUGCUCCUUCUCUGGGAAUGAGGCGGUCUGAGGUGGGCGGGCAGCUGCAAGACAGCUUUGAGGCGCUGCUGCGAGAUCAAAGCUGUGGUAUCAUUGGUGGGGGCGGCGGCAGCAGCAAGGUUUUGGCCCCUGCUGCUCCUUCUCUGGGAAUGAGGCGGUCUGAGGUGGGCGGGCAGCUGCAAGACAGCUUUGAGGCGCUGCUGCGAGAUCAAAGCUGUGGUAUCAUUGGUGGGGGCGGCGGCAGCAGCAAGGUUUUGGCCCCUGCUGCUCCUUCUCUGGGAAUGAGGCGGUCUGAGGUGGGCGGGCAGCUGCAAGACAGCUUUGAGGCGCUGCUGCGAGAUCAAAGCUGUGGUAUCAUUGGUGGGGGCGGCGGCAGCAGCAAGGUUUUGGCCCCUGCUGCUCCUUCUCUGGGAAUGAGGCGGUCUGAGGUGGGCGGGCAGCUGCAAGACAGCUUUGAGGCGCUGCUGCGAGAUCAAAGCUGUGGUAUCAUUGGUGGGGGCGGCGGCAGCAGCAAGGUUUUGGCCCCUGCUGCUCCUUCUCUGGGAAUGAGGCGGUCUGAGGUGGGCGGGCAGCUGCAAGACAGCUUUGAGGCGCUGCUGCGAGAUCAAAGCUGUGGUAUCAUUGGUGGGGGCGGCGGCAGCAGCAAGGUUUUGGCCCCUGCUGCUCCUCCUCUGGGAAUGAGGCGGUCUGAGGUGGGCGGGCAGCUGCAAGACAGCUUUGAGGCGCUGCUGCGAGAUCAAAGCUGUGGUAUCAUUGGUGGGGGCGGCGGCAGCAGCAAGGUUUUGGUCCCUGCUGCUCCUCCUCUGCGGAAGAGGCGGUCUGAGGUGGGCCAGCUGCAAGGCGGUUGUGAAGCGUCGCAGAGAGAUCGGCGGAAGAGAGCGGCGGAGAAUGGGGCUGGCGGAGGAGGCGGCUUUCUAGCAAGAAAGAAGCGGAGGAGAGCAGAGGUGGCGGUGGCAGCAGCGGCGGCGGCAGUGGUGGCGGCGGCGGCGGCGGCGGUGGCGGCGGAAGCGGAAGCUGAAGUGGAUCCUUGUGGAGAGAGCGACCUGCAUUGGCAGCAAGCUCACCAUUCCAGCAGCACAGCCCCCCGAGAUGCUACAGCCGGCCAAGAUGUCACUGCCCUCCGAGAUGCUACAGCCGGCCAAGAUGUCACUGCCCUCCGAGAUGCUACAGCCGGCCAAGAUGUCACUGCCCUCCGAGAUGCUACAGCCGGCCAAGAUGUCACUGCCCUCCGAGAGGGCACUGGUGUCUGA